AUGAGUGAAGAAUUAGAGAAAGGAGCUACUAAUGGGAGUAAGGAUUAUACACAAGAUGGGACUGUGGACCUCAAAGGCAAACCUCUUCUCAGAUCCAAAACUGGCAGAUGGAGAGCUUGUUAUUUCAUUGUUGGAUAUGAAGUAUUUGAGAGGAUGGCAUUCUACGGGAUAGCAACAAAUCUAGUGAUAUAUCUAACAGAUGAACUGCAUGAAGGCACAGUGAAAUCCUCAAACAAUGUGACCAACUGGGUUGGUACUGUUUGGUUGACUCCCAUUCUUGGUGCUUACAUUGCUGAUGCUCAUCUUGGUCGUUUCUCGACUUUUCUCAUCUCUUCUGCUAUUUACAUUCUGGGAAUGUGCUUAUUGACAAUGGCUGUUUCAUUGGAAGGCUUGAGACCUCCAAGUUGUGGCAAAGGAAUCAAAGAUAUAGACUGUACUAAAAGGGCUUCUGCUUUCCAAAUUGGCAUCUUCUAUUGUGCUUUGUACAUAGUUGCUAUUGGAACAGGUGGAACAAAGCCUAAUAUCUCAACAAUGGGUGCAGACCAGUUUGAUGAUUUUGAGCCUAAAGAGAGAUUUCAAAAGCUCUCCUUUUUCAACUGGUGGAUGUUUAGUAUCUUUCUUGGAACUCUCUUCUCCAACAGUUUCCUAGUUUACUUGCAAGAUAAUGUGGGAUGGGGUGCUGGUUAUGGUCUUCCAACUGCUGGACUUGCUGUUUCAGUGAUGGUUUUCUUGUUAGGGACUCGUUACUAUAGGCAUAAAAAACCUACAGGAAGUCCAUUCACUAGGAUUGCUCAAGUUGUUGUUGCUGCAGCUAGGAAGUGGAAGGUUGUUGUCCCUAAUGACCCAAAGGAGCUUCAUGAGCUGAGCUUGGAAGAGUACGCUACCUCUGCAGGGCUCUUCAGAAUUGAUCAUACCAUUUCUUUAAGACCUCUUGACAAGGCAGCAGUGAAAACAGGGCCUAGUUCACCCUGGAAACUUUGUCCAGUAACCCAAGUUGAAGAAGCUAAGCAAAUGAUAAAAAUGCUUCCAAUACUUAUAGCAAUGUUCAUACCAAGCACAAUGCUAGCACAGACACAUACCCUCUUCAUUAAGCAAGGGACAACCUUGAAGAGAGGAAUCGGUCCGAAUUUUGAAAUUCCUCCAGCAUCUCUUACUGUCUUCAUAACAAUCUCCAUGUUGGUCACCCUUGUUGUCUAUGACCGCGUCAUGGUACCUAUUCUUCGAAAAUACACAAAGAACCCGAGGGGGAUCACAUUGUUGCAGAGACUCGGGAUUGGCCUUGUCUUGCAUAUCAUAGUCAUGCUCAUUGCCUCGUUCGUUGAAAGGAAGAGGCUCAGUGUAGCUAGAGAACAUGGAAUUACUGGGAAAAAACAGAUUGUUCCUCUAUCUAUUUUCUUUCUGCUUCCCCAGUUUGCCUUGAUGGGAGUUGCUGAUAACUUUGUGGAAGUUGCAAAACUUGAGUUUUUCUAUGACCAAGCACCAGAGAGCAUGAAAAGCCUUGGGACUGCAUAUGCUACAACAAGCUUGGGUGUUGGCUACUUCCUCAGCAGCUUUCUGCUGUCAACUGUGGCAGAUGUUACCAAGAAAAAUGGACACCAUGGGUGGAUUUUGGACAACCUCAAUAUCUCUCAUUUGGACUAUUAUUAUGCAUUUUAUGCUGUCUUGAGCUUUCUCAACCUUCUUUUCUUCCUGGUUGUAGCAAAAUUCUUCGUUUAUAACACCGAGACCAACAAAACCAACAAAGAGUUGCAGGAGGCCAUGCAACCCUCACUUAGCAAGCCCAUAAUUGGAGAAUAGAAGGCACCGGUUAAAU